AUGCCUGAGUCAACAUGUGAUAGCGCAGAUGUGGGAACGGACGAAUUAGUAUUGGACUCCCAAGAUUCUGAGGUGGAAUCCCCCAUCCAAACGAAUGAACUCAAUCUGAGCUUCACUGAAUUAAGUGCCUCAGAGGAAAGCGACGGUGAUUCAGAAAGUGAUGAUAACCUUUCUGCAAACGUUAAUCAUUCAUUGAGCGCGCCAGAUGUAAAGACUCACAGCGGGCCUGAUUGGUCGCUACAGUUCAAAGAUUUCGAAUUAGGAUCACACUUCGAUAAAAACAUUGUUACCAGUUUAGAAGCUUUAGAAAACAUCUCCAAGCAAAUUGAUGCACCAUCAGUGGAGAAGAAAAGCCAAGCCGAAACAGUCCGUUUGAAGCGUGCGGAAUUGCUUAGCAAGCUUAAGCGCAAAGUGCAUCCUGACUACAUUGAUUUAUUAAUAAAAGAAAACAAUUCACAACAAUUUCAAGACUGGCACUUUCUAAGGAACAAUGCCACUUUCAUUCAGUGUGACAUCUGGCAAGAAUUCAUUGGUAAACGGAAAAAGCAGACCAUGCCUUUGGAAGAGUUGAUGCUUGCCUUCGGUGUACCUUCUGAACUUUUGGAUCCACAUUUUAAGAUAGAAGAUAUUUCGCAGUAUGAUCCGUUGAAUAAGCUAGUUCCGGUGGAUGUUAUGUGUGAUGAACUCGUAAAGUAUAUUAAUGAUCCCCGCUUUACACAGUACUUUAUUUUAUUCAUCCUUGAUAGAAAAAUAUUUCAAUCCAUCGAAUGCACGACUGAUUGGUGCACACGAGUGUUCAAUUCCAUAAGUCUAUCAAAAUUUAUUAAUACUUAUUUGGAUGUUGUUCCUCGAGAUUGUUUUUUUCUUCAUUUUCGGACUAUUCGUCAAAUUCCACAGAUGCAAGAAUUACUAUUGACGUGCUUGUUUGAGAAGAUUAGCCAAGACACUCUUGUGGCCAGGUUGAAAGAUCUUCUGAGUGCCCGACAGUAUCAAGAAGCACUUUACUUCACUUUACUAAUUUAUGGUUCUACUUAUAUGCCUUUCGGAAAGACUCGUACGUCAGAACACUUGAGCAGCUACCUUUUUGAUCAGUAUGAUGAUGGUAAUCAUGUCGAACUUACUAUAAUACGAAGUUAUAUCAAUUUGUUUAUGAAGAUUAAGUAA